UAAUGGAGAUUAGUAACCGUCUAAACACGUCUUUACUUAGCUGACCAAAUGACCCAUUCGUGAACUGAAACACGAUCAGGAUGCUGAUUAAAUUCAGGCGCAAAUCCAUCUUCAUUCUUCUUUUUUUAAGUAUCUUUUUCUAUCUCUCAGUUAUUCUGCAAAAGAGAGUGGAUCGAACAACGACAGAUGAAACUAGCAAAGGAAGCUACGUGAGAGAUGGCAAGGGUUUCGUACAAUGUAAAGAAGUGGACCACAAUUGCUACAAGAACAGCCAAAUCAGUCUGGGAAUAGUGGGAGAGUUCGCAUCCAAGUCAGUGGUGCUGUGUUCAGAUGGUCACCACAUUGGAGAAGUUAGCAUCCCCAACCUCUCAACACUCUUACACGUGAUAGAAGUUCCAUCUGCAAAUCUAUUGACUCAUUCUUCCAAUGCGGACAAGGAAGAACAGAGUUUGAAUCUGAAGACAUUUAUAAAGAGCUAUGGGGCCGAUAAUUUGUUCAGGCUGUCUGAGUUCUUUGAAGAAGUUGAAGAAACUAGUUAUUUGGUUGUGCUGGCAUACACUGGAAUCGAGAUACCGGCUACGGAACUUAGUAAUGAAGUGGAUCGCAUAUUCUUAUCGCAAACAUUCUCGAAGCUCAAACCAGGCAAUCUUUUCUUCGGACUCUUCGACAAAUCAACCGAAACACUAGUCUACGAAACAUCAACCACAAUUCUAGACAAACUCCAGCGAACAUUCUGUCUCAAAAACAACACAUACUAUAGUCAUACACACAAGAGUAGAUCACCCACUGAUAAAUUAGACAAGCGAAGUGGAGUAUUAGCUGAAGAGGGAGCCAAAAAUGUGGCCAAAUGGAGUGGUAAAGAAUGCAAAGUUGAAGCUUCUCAAAAUCAGGUCGAGAAAGUGAUAACAUGUGAUGAAAGCAGUGUGCCUGUUCAUCUGUAUUCGACAUCCAAUGGCGACACUUUUCCUUCUUAUUGUGUAGAUGGGAACAAAAUAGAGUACAAAGGAGGUUCCAAGAAGAUCAGUAGAGGGCUUCAUUUGAUUGUGUUCACCAGUCAGUGGAAAUUCAAAAGUUACGAAGUGUAUGACACGUACGACAAGAAAGCGGACGCUGAAAACUUAUACAAAGCACUCAUGUCAUUGGAAUCGAAGAACAUCGUCAUGUUAGCUACCCAUGAUGAGGCAUCGAAUAAACUGAGUGACAAUGUCAAGGGCAUUUUGUUCAGAUUCGGAAGUGCCGCUGUGGCUAGAAUGAAGUAUCGACCAUCGUCUGACAAAAGAGAUAGCUGGGUCUUCAUUGGCCAAAAGGGCCUCAAAGGCAAAUCAGUGUUCGAACAACUAGUACCCAAAAAGGUAUCUGAAGACUAUCCCAGUCCCUCUGCUGCUAUCCAGUCAUGUGUUCCAAAAGUGAUUCCAGUGAAGGCGUGGAUAGACACUCUGAAUGACAACUUAGCCCUGUUCUGUGAGAAUCAAGUGAUGGGCUACGAGGAAGUAUGUGAGAGGAACAUCACAUUUCCUCCUGAAGCUAAGUCCAGUUUUGCACCUGACAACUGGGACGCCUUUAUGGAUACCAGUCCCCUCUUAGUCAUCCCUGAUCUGGCCUUGUAUGAGUCACAUGUAUCCCUCUUCAGAACACUGGAGUCAGUAGCCAAACAACCACAUCUCAGACCAGAAAUUGUGUUCGUGGCUCUGUGCAAAAACGAUUUCAUCCUCGAGUUCACCGAAAUAGUGGAGAUGUUCGGAUUCAAUGUGCUAAUUUUCGACUACCGCAAAACACAGUGCUUCGAAGUGCCCUACAGGGACGCUUUUAUUCGUGUAUUCGAAAACAAACAAGUGAAACAAGCAGUAAUAAUCGGAGCUGAAGUUCAAGUGGAACCAGAUUUUCUCCAUUUCAUAUUCGAAACAUCGCCUUUGCUGUACAGUCUGAAUACAGAUGUAAUCUCAAUUACAGCAUUUAACCCUAACUCGUUUGUCGGCACAAAUUUUCCUGGGAAUUCGUUGAUAAGGAUGGAAGAAUACCCAUUUUAUGGAUGGGUGCUGACUCGCGAAUUAUACGAUUCGUUGACGAAGACGAAGGAGAUUUUCAAGUCGUGCUGCUCUGGUCGCAAUUGGUACGAAGGAUGGGUCAAACCGAAAAGUGACGGGGUAAUUGUCGCACCUGGUGUAUCACGUGUGGCUUUGAAUAGAGUCCCGGACGCGUUUGAUUUGAGCACGAUCAAACAUAAACUUUUCGUGAACAAUCGGCAGAGCUCAUCAUUGCUAACAAACCCAUUCAGUAUCUCGUUUCCACUCGAAGGCGUCGCAACAAUUGAAGCAUACAAAUCCCAUCUUUCAUUUCUCUUUGCAAAUUGCGAUAGUUUCAAUGUCAAAUCACAAUCAAGUUUGGACAAUUUUAUCAACAAAUGGAACAGUACAAUUUCGCCAAAUCGAGUUAAAAGUUCUGUUGUUGAAGAUGGAUUAGUUCGUGCCAAAAAAUGCGCAACAGUCAAACUAAACGCAUUAAAAGAGCAAGGAAAGAAUGGAAUGGUGAUGAAAAAUUUGUUCACGUUUUUGCAAUUUGGGCAUACGGAGCCGUUUGGCUCUUAUGAAGGUGCAAUAGUUACGUACAAAGAGUCAAUACCGGUGCUAAUUUACGAAAACAAUUCAAAACUAGCUGCAUCUAUUAGUGUUGUAUAAUAGCUAAUUUUAUUUCUAAAAUUAUAAGCUCUAUUUAUUCGUCGCAUAAUAUGACGAGAUUUUGUGAUUUCAUCGUUUAUAGUUAUAUGGUUUUUAAAUGUAUUCGAUUAGAAUCGCUCAUCAUAGAUCACUCAAAUUUUUCUUAUUUUUCAAUUUUGUUCUAAAAUUUUUUCAUUGAGAAACAGGAGUUUUGUAGCAAAGUACCUGUCAGAAGUUGGAUCACUGAAAACUCUUGCGAUUUGGUAAAUUUGACAGAACUGAUUUUUCAGUAAUUUAAUUUUAUUUGUAUAAACAGGCAGUCUUUGUGUCCAGCAUCAGAA